GUGCGAGAAAGACGAGUAAAACCGAUCCGACGAAUUCGGAGGCUGGGCAAACGGCCGGGUAUAAAACACUUGAUCGACGCCGAAGCCAGCAUCAGUCACGCUUAACUUCGCUUUCCUGCACCACACGAGCUGCAAACAUGAAGGUCGCGGUUGUUUUCUUGGCCAUGUUGGUCUGCGUCCUGGCAGAGACGUACACGACCAAAUACGACAACAUCGACUUGGAUUCGAUCCUGAACAGCGACCGUCUACUCAACAACUACGUAAACUGCCUGCUGGACGCUGGAAAUUGUACACCCGACGGCAAGGAGCUUAAAAAGUCUCUGCCGGACGCUUUGGAGAACAAUUGCGAGAAGUGCAGCGAAAAGCAGAGAAACGGCAGCGAGAAGGUGAUCCGGUUCCUGAUUAACAAGCGACCAAUGAUCUGGGAACGGCUGUCGAAGAAGUACGACCCGACUGGCGAGUACAAGCUGAAAUUCCAGGAACAGGCGCAACAACGUGGAAUCGAAUUACACUAAGCGGUUCGCGAUGUAGAAGACGUCCAAGUAGCCUUCGAAGACGAUUCGUCGACACCUCCAUUGAUAAAUCGGCUACGUCGUUUUUUUAAUUCUGUACUCGGUUAAAAGAUUGCAAAAUAAACGUUGCAUUUGCUUAGAAUCAGAAGAGAAAAAACGAGCAACCUGAAUAGAAGAAUACCUUUCCGCGCGAAAGCAUGGCGAGAGUCUGAUUCGUUGGUAGCCGCGAGACGAACGAGAGAACCCGAAGAGAGUGCGAGUCUCGGAGGAUUUGUUCGUUUGGUUGAAAAGACAAGCGCUUGGAAAACAAAGGAGAAUUCGCCAGGCACGUCGCGCAUUUACGCAGCACGCGCCUUUGGCACCGUUCCUCCCGUUUCAACCCCGUUCCCUUCCGUUCCCCUCGCAGUUCUGUCACGACCGAUUGUUUCGCGUUCGAAAUAAUCAAGCCGCUUUCACGGUCGGCGAACGAAACGUAAACCGGCGGAUUUAACGGGAAAUUGGAAAAAAAUUUAUCGGAUCCGACGCAGAUUCGUACGCGGUCUACGCGCUCUACGCGCUGUACGCGUUCGCUCCUUUUGCCGUUCACAGAAAAGUUCAAACCGUAGCGUCUGCCACGUUCCUUCUCGUUAUCGAAAACUUGGUCGUUUCCCUCUCCUUUCCUCCGCCGUUCGAAUAUCGAAUGGCGAUUUUUCGACGAGACAACGCUAACCGGCCAACCUAACGCUAACUUGAUCGCGAGUCGUAAACGCCCCGGCAGCUUUACAAUCAUCCGUGGAAGGUCUAUAGAAGGAAAAAUGGGACGUUCUGUUCCUUUUACGCGGUAUCUCCACUUCCGUAUGCACGAGACGAGUGACUCGUUUCUUCCAGAUUCCGUCGCAAUUUCGUUUCCAGUAUGUUCGUCGCUUUGAUCCCAUUGGAAAUUUUUGCCGGCGUCGCGUCGCCCAUCCAUUGUGCGUGUCGCGUGAAAGCAUCCCGGACGAAAGACGUCGACUGAAAUAGGAGGACGUCGCGUCCUACGCGCCUACCUCAAACGUACGUAGUAUAUAUUUUGACGUUUCGGUUUUAUUAAGGAAUAAACUUGGUAAGAAUAUACACCUUGUAUGUUACACCGAGAUAAAUCGCUCAGUUUAACGUCAAACAACGAUCGUUUAUCUUGUCAUUCGGCCCAUAAAGCAACAUCGAUUUUCGACGUUCGUCGGAACCGGACGACCGCCACUUCCGUUCCCGACGAAAGUUUCGUUCCGAUCGCACACCUGGCCCCACCUACGGCCUUGUACGUUUAGUCGGAAGACGACACGCUCGAGUGGCUCGAUAGUCACGAAAUUCCUCCGUCUUUUCGUCGGAAAAAUUGAAUUAGCUCGGCCGUUAUUAGCUCUCUCUCUCUCUCUCUCGUUGUCGGCUGGAAUUUUUUCUCGAGCUAACCGAAACGACCACUUACCGAGGUAGUUUCGGCUCGUUAGUCGGCGAACAAGCAUCGUGAAAGUUACACGAAGGUGGAGAACCGAGCGGCAGCGGAGUGGUGCGCGACGGCACGGUACCCGUUGAAUAUUUCAAGAAAAGCUGGAGGAUCGCGAUCCCGAUCCCGAUCCCGAUAAGGGAUUUGUUCAAAGUACAAGUUCCGCGACUUUUGUACGGUAGUCACGGUUACCGAUAAUUUAUUUGUAGCCGCGAACCGAUAAAUUCAGCCGGAAUAGCGGGAAAAGUUUGCCGGGCCAAGUUUUGAGUCCGAAAACGCCGCCCUUGAGACCGUUCGCUUAAUUUCCUGACGCUGUCCGGCCGCGAAAUAUGCGAGCCGCUAUACACACGCCAUAAUUCUUUCACGACUUUGAAAACAAUUUCUCGUUUGCAUCGGUUUCUCCAUUCGGGGCCUUUGCGAAGCUUUCGAAAGGGCAAGCAAUCGACCGCCCUCUCCUCCUAUCUUUCGCUCGUUUACGAACAGCCUGCCGAUAAAUUAAUCGCACGAUGCGGGAUUAUCGCUCAACGUCUCUGCCGAUCAUUCGCGGCAAUCGUCCCCUCUUUCGUCUUUCUUCACCUUGAAACCUUCGUUCCCGAUAUUCCUUGCAACGAUUACUUCCCUCAUCUACGUACCUGCUCCAAUUUCCAGACGAUCUGCUUCCGUUUCGACCAAUUUUUCUCGCGACGAACUCGAACUGCACGGAACGAACAAAGGAAUAAAACGGAACAAACAGCAAGCAACGGAGAUUCAAAGUCGAACCGAGUUGUUUACACAGGCAGAAGGAAUUAUCAGGUUGUGAUCGAGUUGCGCCGAUUCGCAAAUCUGGAAUCGGAUAAUUAUGUAUUCGGUGACUUUUUCUCUCUCCGCGUCAAGUAUCUGCCGUCAAAGAAUCCGAGAGAAUAAUAAUAUUUUAU